UGGCAGGCACUUCCGCCCCAGGAGGACGCCGUAGCAGCCAUCUUUCCCCUGAUUAUAGUGUUUCGGGUCCGCUGUCCGCGACCCAUUCAAACUUCCCCCGAAAACGGACCUGGGUCCCGCAGGCACCAGCCUUUCGUUUGGGGAGAAAGAGCCCUGACUUCUCAAAAAAGCACUGCACGGAGGAGGAGGCAUCAGAGCUCCGCGAUUCUGUUUCCCCAGAAGGAAAGAAUAUGAGCAUGUUCAAGGAGGCAGUGACGUUCAAGGAUGUGGCGGUGGCCUUCACGGAGGAGGAGCUGGGGCUGCUGGACUCCUCCCAGAGGAAGCUGUACCAGGAUGUCAUGUUAGAAAACUUCAGGAACCUGGUCUCUGUGGGACAUCAGCCCUUUAAACGAGAUAAAUGGCACAUAGAAAGAGAAGAGAGGCUCUGGUUGAUGAAGACAGCAACCCAGAUAGAGAGAAAUGUGGGAGGGAACAAUCAAAGUGAGCUGAGGACCGUUCAAGACAGAGGACCACAUGAAGAGCUUUCCUGCUGGCAAAUCUGGCAGCACAUUGCCGAUGACCUAUCCAGGUGUCAGAACUCCAUGAUAAAUAGUUCUCAGCUUCACAAACAAGGUGAUUCCCCCUGCCAGCUUGGGGCAGGACUCGCUCUUCAAAUUUCUGAAGAUGAGAACUGUAUACUAAAUUGUAAAGUGGAUGGUUCUAAUAGUACUGAAAACUCAGACUUUGUAAUUUUGAGAGCCCAGGACUCGUGGAAGAGAACUUCUUUGACCGAGUCACAGACUUAUCGGAACAGAUACCAGCAAAUUUCUGUGAAAAAUCACCUGUGUCAGUGUAAACAGGAUGUUGAUAUCAUCAGUUGGAUUUCACAGCACCUAGAUCGUGGAAUACACAGAAGUGACCAGUCUUACAGCGACGAUGAUCAUGAGAAAGACAGCGUGAAGAUUUCAACACUGGACCAGGAGAGCAUGACUCACUCAGGACAAAAACCUUACCGAUGUAAUGAAUGUGAAAAAACCUUCAGUGAUCUCUCCACCUUUGAUCUUCAUCAGCGGUUACACUCAAAAGCAAAGUCUCAUACCUGUAGUGAGUGUGGAAAAGGCUUCCGUUAUAGCUCAGUUCUUCGUAUUCAUCAGAGAGCUCACGUGGGAGAGAAAGGCCAUAAUUGUGGUGAGUGUGGUAAGGAAUUCGGUCAGAGCUCACUUCUGCAAACCCAUCAGAAAGUCCACACGGUAGAGAAGCCAUUUAAAUGUGAGGAGUGUGGGAAAAGCUUUGGUCGUAGAUCAGCACUUACUGUUCACUGCAAAGUCCACACAGGAGAGAAACCCUACCAUUGUGAGGCGUGUGGGAGGGCCUUCAGUCAGGCCUCUCAUCUCCAGGACCAUCAGAGGGUCCACACUGGGGAGAAACCAUUCAGAUGUGAUGCAUGUGGUAAAAGCUUCAGUCGGAAUUCACAUCUUCAAUCCCAUCAGAGAGUCCACACAGGGGAGAAGCCGUACAAAUGUGAGGAGUGUGGGAAGGGCUUCAUUUGUAGCUCAAAUCUAUACAUUCAUCAGAGGGUCCACACAGGAGAAAAACCCUACAAAUGUGAGGAAUGUGGUAAAGGCUUUAGUCGGCCUUCAAGUCUUCAGGCCCAUCAGGGUGUUCACACUGGAGAGAAAUCCUACAUAUGUAAUGUGUGUGGUAAAGGCUUUACUCUGAGUUCAAAUCUCCAAGCACAUCAGAGAGUCCACACAGGAGAGAAGCCAUACAAAUGUGAUGAGUGUGGGAAGAGCUUCAGGAGGAACUCCCAUUAUCAAGUUCAUCUGGUGGUCCACACAGGGGAGAAACCCUAUAAAUGUGAGGUAUGCGGAAAGGGCUUCAGUCAGAGUUCGUAUCUUCAAAUCCAUCUGAAGGCACACAGCGUAGAGAAACCUUACAAGUGUGAGGAGUGUGGGCAGGGCUUCAAUCAGAGUUCCCGGCUUCAGAUUCACCAGCUGAUCCAUACAGGUGAGAAGCCAUACAAAUGUGAAGAGUGUGGGAAGGGAUUCAGUCGUAGAGCCGAUCUCAAAAUUCACUGCAGAAUCCACACAGGAGAGAAACCGUAUAAUUGUGAGGAGUGUGGGAAAGUAUUCAGGCAGGCGUCAAAUCUUCUGGCACACCAGAGAGUCCACAGUGGAGAGAAACCAUUCAAAUGUGAGGAGUGUGGGAAGAGUUUCGGUCGCAGUUCACACCUCCAAGCCCAUCAGAAAGUCCACACUGGAGAAAAGCCGUACAAAUGUGAGGAGUGUGGGAAGGGCUUCAAGUGGAGCUUGAAUCUUGACAUGCAUCAGAGGGUCCACACAGGAGAGAAACCCUACAAGUGUGGGGAGUGUGGGAAGCACUUCAGUCAGGCCUCAAGUCUUCAGCUUCAUCAGAGUGUCCACACUGGAGAGAAACCGUACAAAUGUGAUGUGUGUGGCAAGGUCUUCAGUCGCUCUUCACAGCUGCAGUCUCAUCAGAGAGUUCACACGGGGGAGAAACCGUACAAGUGUGAGACGUGUGGUAAGAGCUUCAGCUGGCGAUCAAAUCUUACCAUUCAUCACAGAAUCCAUGCUGGUGAUAAAUCCUAUAAAAGUAGUAGGAGUGGGAAGAACAUCAGAGAGUCCACACAGGAAAAGGGUUGUAUAAAAUGAUUUUUUAAAAGAAAA